UGUCAUCUCUACUUGUUUUUCGGCAGAAAAAAUUACUUUCGUCGGCGAACUUUUUAAUAUUUCUGAAUAAAACCAAAUAAAAUGGGCACCAAACGACCCCACAACAGUGUGGUGCUGGCCCAGGAGUCAAAACGCAGUAAAAAUGAUAUAAUGGCAUACACAAAUCGGGAUAAAGCACUAUUGGAAUCGGGUGUACGAAGAACAUCGAAUCUGCAGGCACCCAUAAUGCAAUUGGAGGGACACGAGGGAGAGAUCUUUACGACAGAAUUCCAUCCAGAAGGAGAACUGCUUCUGUCCUCCGGCUUCGAUCGCCAGCUCUAUAUUUGGCAAGUCUAUGAUGACUGUGAGAAUGUCAUGGCCAUGUCCGGGCACACUGGAGCCGUGAUGGAGGCUCAUUUUACGCCCGAUGGCUCGCACAUCUUCACCUGCUCCACAGACAAAACCCUGGCCAUAUGGGAUAUAGUCACGGGGCAGCGUUUGCGUCGAUUCAAGGGCCACACGAGCUUCGUGAACAGUGUCCAGGGCACGAGGCGGGGACAGCAACUGCUGUGCUCCGGCAGCGAUGAUCGCGGCAUUAGGAUUUGGGAUGCAAGGAAGAAACACGCCGUGCAGACCCUCGAGUCGCCCUAUCAGGUGACAUCUGUGUGCUUUGGCGACACUGGCGAGCAGGUCAUCACGGGCGGCAUCGACAAUGAGCUGAAGAUCUGGGACAUACGCAAGCAGGAGGUGCUGCACCAUCUGCGUGGACACACGGACACCAUCACGGGCAUGUCUCUCUCGCCAGAAGGAGACUUUGUGCUCACCAACUCCAUGGACAACACCUUGAGGGUGUGGGAUGUGCGUCCCUAUGCCCCCGGCGAGCGAUGUGUCAAGGUCUUCCAGGGACAUCAGCACAAUUUUGAGAAGAAUUUGCUACGCUGUGCCUGGGCCCCAGGCAGCGAUAAGAUCUCGUCGGGUUCCGCUGAUCGUCAGGUUUAUAUUUGGGAUGUGAACACACGGAGGAUACUGUACAAGCUCCCGGGACAUAAUGGCAGCGUUAACGAUGUGGAUUUCAGUCCCAAAGAGCCGCUGAUACUCUCCGCGUCUAGCGAUAAGACUUUGUACUUGGGGGAAAUUGAGGAAUGAAAUUGUAUGAUUAAUAAACGAAGAUUCAGCGCCGA